GGCCCCGAGUGUCCCUUCCCCGACGUCCGCGAAGCCCUCCCGUCACGAUCAUAUGACGGAAGGCGAUUCCACUCAUUCGCGGAACUCAAGUCGGAGAAGAGUACGUGUCGUUCGAGCUGCGUCAAGAAAGAGAGAGGAGGAAAAGCUGUUUGACUAGUGGCCAUUGAAUUUGGUGUUUUAGCGAUUCAUUGACAACACAGCAUGGAUCAAAAGCCACCACCUUAUAAUCCAGCGAUGGGCCCUCCCCCACCGGGACCCCCUCCUCCAUACCAGCCUAUGCCACCCCCUCCACCAGCAACGCAGAUUGGAUUCGUUGGUGCUACCCCAGGUGCUAGCACGACCAUCAUCACCACACAACAGCCGACUUACGGAAGCAUCCCUGUAGUGGUCCAUCCCGUGCAGGGGGCAGAUGUUAUUGUCGUUGGAGGAUGCCCAGCUUGUAGGGUGGGUGUGCUAAGCGAAGACUUCACUCUGGCUGGUCUCUGUUGUGCUUUCUGGUUCUUCCCCAUCGGCAUCCUGUGCUGCCUAGCCAUGAGGGAACGACGGUGCAGCAACUGUGGAGCGUGCUUCUCUUAGUAUUUGAAAAGUUUGCCCACACACCUUUUUUUAAUUGUUUUUCUUGUUCUUGGGAAAGCAUAGAGUGGGAAGCACAACAUUUACACAAGAGUUUCUCACCAAAUUGGGCAAGGUUGUAUUGCUUUAUAGUGGUGCUUGCAGCCAUGUUCUCCGUUAUUAGGAGCAGACACUUAGUGAGAUAUUGCGAGGCAAAUGAAGAGGAUAUGCAAGCAUAGCCUCCAUAAGAUAUUUUGGUUACCAUCUACUUUUGGAUGUGAAUCUAGAUUUUUUUUAUCUUGUGUAUAUGUCAUGUAACUUUUCAAAAAACUGCAGCCUAUACUCAGCAUUAUCAAGGAGGGGAGGGGACAACCCACUCCCACAAGUGUCUGCUCCUCUUUGUUGUAGGAAAACAACAAAAAUAUAGACUUGUUUUCUGUAUUCGGUUUUAAUUGAAAAUAGUUAGAUUUGUAUUAU